GAAGCCAUGGCUGCUGGCACAGAGAAAGGUGACUCAGCCAGAGGCACCAACCCAGGGUGGAAGAUACAACCAAAUGAUUUUAGGGCGAAUUACAUCCCAGGUAUACGUCCAAGAGUGACGUACCUGCUAUACGAAAUCAGGUGGGGCAGAAGUACCAAGUUCUGGAGGCACUGGUGUCGAAACACCCCAACCCAGCACGCCGAAAUCGCCUGCCUGGAACAUGACUUCAAGAAGUUAAAGUUCAGGCCAUCAGUGCACUGCUCCAUCACCUGGUUCCUGUCCUGGAGCCCCUGUGGGAAAUGCUGCCAGAGUAUAAUGGAGUUCCUGAGGGCACACCCCAGUGUGACUCUGAAGAUAAAAGCAGCGUGGCUUUUUAGGCAUAUGGAUGAACGCAACCGACAAGGCCUCAGGAAUCUGAUGGAGAGUGGAGUAGCGCUAUACAUCAUGAACCUGCCAGAUUACAGAUACUGCUGGAGAACAUUUGUUGUCCAUCAAAAUGGAGAAGAAGAUGACUAUUGCCCCUUGGUGCCCUCUCUGUGGAUCAUUUUCUAUUGUCUAGAACUCCAGCGUAUCCUUUGGGUGAGUAGACAUUUUGGAGAAAAUGUUGGAUCCAAGAACAAUCCUAAAUCAUAUGAGAGUUAA